AUGUCAGCGGUGAGGGCUGAUAUUGCUGCCUUCGUUAAGAAGCGUCGUAAAGUGGCGAUCGACUCCCAGUUCAAGCAGUCCGGCUCCUCCCUCGACGUGCCUCAGCUCAUCUCGGCCGUGGCCGCUAGCUACAAGACCACUUUACCACCCUCUGCUCUACACGGCGUCUCUAACGAGAUUGUCUCCCAAAUUCGCGACAAGGACAAUGGUCAUUGA